GAGAAACACAUUCAGAGCAGAAGCGCCGCACGUGAGGCGCGCGAGCGGAGAGGGGAGUAAUCAUUAAUUUUGGAGGAGCUCCGCGGUGAAUUUUCUGCUUUUUCCAGAGGGAGAAAAGGGAGUCUCCAAAUCAGCCCAGAUGAAUCCAAUGACACAGCUAUACUACAAAAAGGCGAUUUAUUCGCCGUACCGAGACCGAAUCCCGCUUCAGAUUGUCCGGGCUGAAGUGGAGCUGUCUGCUGAAGAGCGGGCCUACCUCACCGCUGUAGAGAAAGGUGACUAUGCAGGAGUCAAACAUGCUCUUCGCGAGGCAGAAGUCUACUACAACAUGGACGUUAACUGUCUGGAUCCGCUGGGUCGCAGCGCUCUCCUCAUCGCCAUCGAGAACGAGAAUCUGGAGAUCAUGGAGCUCCUGCUGGACCAUGGCAUCCACACAGGUGACGCCUUGCUGUACGCCAUCAGGAAGGAGGUGGUGGGCGCCGUGGAGCUGCUGUUAUCACACAGGAGGCCAAGCGGGGAGAAGCAGGUUCCCUCCCUGAUGAUGGACAGUCAGUUCUCAGAGUUCACCCCUGAUAUAACUCCCAUCAUGCUUGCUGCUCACACCAACAACUAUGAGAUCAUCAAACUACUUGUCCAGCGCAAGGUCACCAUCCCAAGGCCGCACCAGAUAAGAUGUGACUGUGUAGAGUGUGUAUCCAGCUCAGAGGUCGACAGCCUUCGCCAUUCACGGUCUCGGCUCAACAUCUACAAGGCUCUGGCAUCACCCUCUCUCAUUGCGUUGUCCAGUGAAGAUCCAAUCCUCACUGCCUUUAGACUGGGCUGGGAACUAAAAGAAUUAAGCAAGGUAGAGAAUGAGUUUCGUCAGGAAUAUGAGGAGCUGUCUCAGCAAUGCAAGCGCUUUGCCAAGGACCUUCUGGAUCAGGCCAGAAGUUCAAGAGAACUGGAAACCAUCCUGAAUCACAGAGAUAACGACCAGAGCGAGGAGCUGGACCCCAGGCAGUGCCACGACUUGGCCAAGCUGAAACUUGCCAUCAAAUAUCACCAAAAGGAGUUUGUAGCGCAGCCAAACUGUCAGCAGCUGCUGGCCACUCUUUGGUAUGACGGCUUCCCGGGCUGGAGGAGGCGACACUGGGCCGUCAAGCUGGUGACCUGCUUCAUCAUUGGACUGCUCUUUCCAGUUUUCUCACUGAUCUACCUGUUGGCCCCAAAGAGCGCAGUUGGACGCUUCAUUAAGAAGCCCUUCAUCAAGUUCAUCUGCCACACAGCAUCCUAUCUUACCUUCCUCUUCCUCCUCCUCCUGGCUUCGCAGCAUAUCGCCCGCACCAACCUGCACAUGCAGGGACCUCCACCCACCAUUGUGGAGUGGAUGAUUCUUCCAUGGGUGCUUGGUUUUAUCUGGGCAGAGAUCAAGGAAAUGUGGGAUGGGGGAUUCACAGAGUACAUACAUGACUGGUGGAACCUGAUGGACUUUGCCAUGAACUCCCUCUACCUGGCUACCAUAUCACUGAAGAUAGUGGCAUACGUUAAGUAUAACUCUUCUCGUCCAAGGGAGGAGUGGGAGAUGUGGCACCCAACGCUGAUCGCCGAGGCUCUGUUUGCCAUCGCCAACAUCUUCAGCUCGCUCAGACUCAUCUCCCUUUUCACAGCCAACUCCCACCUCGGGCCUCUGCAGAUCUCUCUGGGGAGGAUGCUGCUGGACAUCCUCAAGUUUCUCUUCAUUUACUGUCUGGUUCUAUUGGCAUUUGCCAACGGACUCAACCAGCUGUACUUCUACUAUGAGACAAAGGCAUCAGAAGAACCAAACAACUGUAAGGGCAUCCGCUGCGAAAGGCAAAACAACGCAUUCUCCACGUUGUUUGAGACUCUCCAGUCCCUCUUCUGGUCCAUAUUUGGUCUGCUCAACCUGUACGUCACCAACGUGAAAGCUCGCCAUGAGUUCACAGAAUUCGUCGGGGCGACGAUGUUCGGGACAUACAACGUCAUCUCACUGGUGGUUCUGUUAAACAUGCUCAUCGCCAUGAUGAACAACUCCUACCAACUCAUCGCUGACCACGCCGACAUUGAGUGGAAGUUUGCCCGCACCAAGCUGUGGAUGAGUUACUUUGACGAGGGCGGCACGCUGCCUCCUCCCUUCAACAUCAUUCCCAGCCCUAAGUCCUUCUGGUACCUGCUAAUGUGGCUCCACAACAAGCUGUGCAGGAGAGGCCACCCGCCCGGGGAACUCUCACACAAAUGCGAGAACCUGCGAGAGUUCACAGAGCGUCAUGCUGACAGUCUGAUACAAAACCAGCAUUACCAGGAAGUGAUUCGAAACCUGGUGAAGAGAUAUGUGGCGGCCAUGAUACGGAGCGCCAAAACAGAUGAGGGGCUGACAGAGGAAAACUUUAAGGAAUUGAAGCAGGAUAUCUCCAGUUUCCGCUACGAAGUGCUGGAUCUCCUCGGCAACCGACGUCCUCCCCGGCGGCAUUACUCUUCCUCCAGUGAGACGACAAGAGACGAUGGUGCGAUGGUAUCAGAGGAUGAUAGUGAGCCAGGUGACUGUACCGCAGCAGGAGUUGGAGUCCAGAAGACUAAAAGUGUCACCUUCUCCAACCCAGUGGAGGACGACGUGAGGCCAGCACCGACGCUUGGUGUGUCUGCGCUGGUGCGCUCCAUUUCAGGGUUGACACAGAUAGACAAAGAAGAGGAGGGGAGUCUAGAGGACAAAGUGGGAUGGGGAGAAGAGGAGGAAGAAGAUGGGAAACCAAAGAGCAAUGGGCUAAAGACAGCUAUGAUGCCACAGACCUCCACCAAUGCUCUCCCCUCGCCGUCUUCAUCCUUUUCCUCAACGUUAACGUCAUCACUUGCUCGCACAAGAAGCCGCCUGCAGCGCCUCUCAGGUCCGAGUGCAAAGACAGACUCUUUUAAACGCCUCUCAUACUUGUUUUCCCGUUCCAAACGCAAAGCUCCACCAACACCACUCCCUCUCCAGUCUCCGCCUUCAUACACAAUUUCUGAUGGUCUUCUCCGUCCCCUCGGGAGCCACACUCAUUCCGACUUUGGACUCAGCGAUGUUACAAGAAGCGAUUCUCACCUGAAUGAGGUGGGUCGCUCAGCGGACAGUACAUCAUACUCACCGCUCAGAACCAAUGGGCGGGACUCCCUUCUAACGCUGCCCCUACCGCCCCCAUGCCCUUGCCAAUCCCUGCACUGUGCUUCCAACAUGUCUGAGUCCAGCUCAAGACUCCUGGACUCCAGUGAGGACGUUUUCCAGGUGGAAGGCAUAGAAGGAGCAGGAGAAGGUGGCAUUGAUCGAGGAGGUGGAGGGGGGAUGAUGAUGAUGGGAGGGUGGGUAGGGCCGUGCGACGAUGUCUUAGAGGACAGCUGUGAUGUCAUAGAGGACUCUGUCACCACGCAGCUAUAGGAAAUUGCUGAAACUGUUUUUUUGUUUGGCUAUUUGCUGAAUACAUACAAAGAUGGCACGAUACAGAGAGAGAGGAGCAUGGACCCUAUGGAGUUUUUGGAUCUCUGCAUGAUUAAUUCUGGAUUUAUGUGAGCUUUAACCUUCCCAGCUGUGAUUGGAAGAAGGAUCCAAUAUAGCAGAUGUUUAUGGAUUCAGUUUGAUGCAAAGUAGGGAUUUUUCAGGUGACAUGGGAAAUGCUUUUGUCCAAUGUUGUUGAUUUAACUAUCUAAGGGCUCUGAUCAACUAGAUUUUUGAGAAUGACCUGCUUCAGACCAAUGGAUCUGUGACCAAAGUUAGUAAAAAUCCAACAUAGAAUAGCCAGCUAAAGUUGCAAAAUUAUAGUAUCUAAUUUAGGUUAGCAUAUUUUCAAUAUAUGUAGAUUAGUGAUGUAAUAUUGAUUUGUGAUUUACUAAGCCAUUGUAAUCAAAUUGGUGAAUAAAUAGCAGGUUUUUGAUUAGCUUGGAUGGUUUCAUAAAUUGAGCUUAUAAACUAAUGCCAUACCUCUCGCCACUAACUAACAAACUCUUUAUUGCAAGUAUUAAACCUCAAAUUGUCCCUUUGGCAUAACACAGUUUAAAAUACUUUUUAUUUAUUUGAAGAGAUUCGUUUGGAGCUAAUGAAUCAAAAUCAUUCCACUAAAAAACAGCUAGCUGAACUAAUCUAAUAUCAACCAAAGGAUACAGAUUGUCAUUUAAGUAAGUAUCCAUAUGUUUACCUACCUAAUUAGCUUGUUGAUAAAUGAAAUUGCCUCUUUGUUUGCCAGCUGCUAAGAAAUCGAUUGGUAGCUAUUUUACAUCAGUAGAUGUCAAUUAGACAUCAGUAAAUGGGAGCUAUUUAAAGCUACAGUGUGUAAUAAUUACAGGGAUAUAC